CCGCCGUCUCGCCCUCCCCUCUUCGGUCAGAUCAAAUCGAGCCUGCCCAUCUCCACCCCAUUUCCCCUUCCGCCGCCGCCGCCGCGACCUGAGACCACACGCACGCACGCACCAUGUGGCGCCGACUCCAAACCCUAGCCCCGGCCCUCCGCCGCGCCGCAGCCGGAGCCGGCGCGGCCCCCACUCCCAUCACCGCCCGGGCCGCUCCCUUCUCCACGGCGGCCGCCGCCUUCCGCCGCACCACCCCCCUCUCCUCCGGGGACAAGCCGCCGCCGACUGUGGACGAAAUGGUGGCCAUCGUCGCCGCCUUCCGCCGCAUCAAACCCCUCUCCUCCGGGCACAAGCCGCGGCUGACUGUGGAGGACAUCGUGCCCAUCGCCACGGGCCAUGAGCGCGAGGAGCUCGAGGGGUUUCUCAAGGGGAAGAAGCGCUUCGACAUGGAUGCCCCCGUUGGCCCCUUCGGCACCAAGGAGGCACCAGCUGUCAUUGAGUCAUACUACGACAAGAGAAUAGUAGGCUGCCCGGGUGCUGGAGGAGAGGAUGAGCAUGAUGUCGUCUGGUUCUGGUUGAAAAAAGAUGAGCCACAUGAAUGCCCAGUUUGCUCACAAUACUUCACGCUUAAGGUCAUUGGUGAUGGUGGAAACCCAGAUGGGCAUGACACUGAUGAUGAAGGUCAUCACCACUAAGGAUGCCUUGUGGUUCUGAAAAUAAGAAUUUGAUGAGGCAUAUGAUAUCGUUUACGCUUUCUAGCACCAGACUGCUCCACGGCAUCCUUGUUUAUGAAUAUACAUUUGGCCAUCAAGCAGGUGGUAGUUUUCGCCUUAGGUUUUUUGUCGAAACAAAACUUUCUUCCGAUUUGACCAGUGCGUGUCUUAUGGAGCAUCAUCGAAUAAAAGAUGACUUCUGAGAUUUUUUGCUUUUGCUGCAUAGUGGCCAUCGGAUGUGAUGGACCUCACCUAUUCAAUCAUGCAAGAAUUUAUGUUGUGCUGUCUAGUGUGACAGGCAGUUUGCAAACUCUUCUGUUAAAUUAACAGCUUCUUGUGCA